AUGACUGAUUAUAGUCUACUUGAUUACGAACGAACAAGUUAUUCUUUGUUCCUGAUCGUGUGUUUUGCUGACGAAGGAGGGAACAAACAUGACGAUAAUGAUGAAAAGAUAACAAUUCGUGGCAGUAACGUGUCGGCCAGAAUACUUGGUCGGUCAGGAAAAAUAAUGGUUGUACGAAAUGAAAAAGACGACGAUGAUGAUAAAGAUGACAAGGAUAAUGAUGACAAAGACGACAGAGAUGACACAGACAAAGACGACAAGGAUGACUCGGACAGCAAGGACGACAAAGAUAAUAGAGACGGCAAAGAUAGUCAAGAUGAUAAGGACGGGUCCGACGGUAAAGAUGACACAGACUAUGAUAAAGAUGAUGAAGAUGAUGACGAUGAUGAUGAUGAUGAUGAUGACGAUGACGAAGAUUUUAACGACAACAACGAAAACUUGUUAACUUUUGAACUCGAUGAAAUCGAAGAAAAAGAUGCAGAUGACAAUGAUGUCGAUGACAAACAUUCCGUGGAUUCCUUUGAUGAUGUGAAGUUCACUUUUAGGAAAGUAAAUAAGAAGUCUACGCUCAAUGGAAUCCGCGUCACUACUGUGAGCUUGUCAACUAAUUUUGAUGAUCAAAAGGCUUCACUUGAAAUCAUAGUGUACUUGUUUCAUGAACCUGGGAGUGUCAAAUUUGGUAAUGAGACUUUUGCCGUACAAAGUGGAACUGUCAAGUUCAAUAUUAAGAUCAGUAACUGGGAUUUCUGUGAUAAAGACGAUUCACCUGGAGACUGCAGUGAGAGCAAAGUAGGAAAAUAUCUCGAUCUUAGCCUUAAAAUAAAGAGCAAGGGAUCUCCGAAAGAGGUGGACGAGGAUGACCGCAAAAAAAAAAUCUGCAACUCUAAAGAUGACGAUGAUGAUGACGAUGACGAUGAUAAGGAUGAAGAUGAAGAUGAUGAUGACGAUGAUGACUGCCCUAUCAUAUACGACGUUGGUGGAGACUCGGAAAUGCUGCUAAAUAAAGGGGUCAUAAUUGACGAUGAUGAGUACACUGCUAUGCCACAAGGAUUUCCCAAAUUUGAGUCAGAUGACAAUGAGAAGAAAUUCGUGUUUCGCAUCCCGAAGUUUAAGAGACACGUGCUGAUUGAUCCAAGUGUGAACGUUGGCAAGGUGCUAAAGGAAGUCAUUGUCGAGAGUGCUGCUUCUUGGUCACAAUUCAAUAUUGCUGUUACUGUUUUGCUUCUAUUUGUAGCUAUUUUUACAGCUCAGUUCUAGAAUAUGGAACAGAACAACUCACCUGAUUAAGGCCAAUUAAACGUUGUGUUUUUAAGUGUAUAUCUAAAUUGAAAAGUUGAUACAUGGAUCUAUAUCGAAAAUAGUUGCACAUAGCAUUCUUUUUAGGGCUAAUCUCGAGCUGUAAAGAUUUUCAUCGUUUUCAAAACAGAGACUGAUGUUGAAUUUUAUAAGAGGAUAAUAGCUGUGCUGUUUCUCCUCGCAAGACUCGCAUUCCGUAAAGUGCCGAAAACUUACGGCUGAAAUCGAAACAUUGAGCGUGCGGCUGGCAAUUUUACAAUGCAAGAUUCAAAGCAAAUCCAUUUUUUCCUUUUUGAUAUCUGACUGAAAUGGCAGCAUGAAAUCUCUUUGUCAGAUGUUCUUUGCCAUUACGACGAGAGGAUCUCGAUUUUCAAAAGAAACAUGUUUUUUUCUGAUUUAUCUAGUCGAGCUUUCCUG